UCACUUUCUGAAUGAAACAUCCAAAACAUGUCUCCUCAAAGGCCUAUUCUCUCCCUUAUCCUCAUCAUAAUCUCAUUAGGAUUUUGCUUUGGCUCUGAACAUGAACAUUCCAGCCUCUUGGCAAGAAGGUAUUCCAGAAGCAAAACAAGUAAGGCUUCAAGGUCCCAAGCAUCAGUCAAUGUCGAUGACUAUGGAGCCAUGUCCCGUGAUGGAAAAGAAGAUACUGAGGCCUUCAAGAAAGCUUGGAAUGAGGCUUGUUCUAAAGGGGCUGUUCUUGUGGUUCCUGAGAACAAAGUCUAUCAUCUUAAGCCUAUAAAGUUUUCAGGUCCAUGUCAGCCAAAUACUACCUUCAUGGUAUACGGAACCAUCAAAGCUUGGCCUCACCUGUCUGCAUAUGAAGAAGAUCCAACACACUGGAUUCAAUUUGAAGGCAUCACAGGUUUAAGAGUUGAUGGUGGUGGCAUUGGCACUUUCAAUGGAAAUGGGAAGAAAUGGUGGAAGAAAUCUUGCAAAGUCAACAAAAGCCUUCCGUGCACGGAUGCACCAACUGCUGUGACCUUUGACGAAUGCACCAAUCUGAUCGUGAAAAACCUGAGGUUCAAGAAUUCUCAGAAAAUGCAUAUCAACAUCCAGAACUGUUUGAAUGUUAUGCUUACAGGUCUCAAAGUGAUAGCACCAGAAGACAGCCCCAACACUGAUGGGAUUCAUGUGACAAGGACAAAGAAUAUUCUCAUAAGCAACAGUUUCAUUGGUACAGGUGAUGACUGCAUUUCAAUAGAAAGUGGAUCUAGAAAUGUCAAGGUUACAGAUAUAACCUGCGGACCAGGACAUGGAAUCAGUAUUGGGAGUUUAGGAGAUGAUAAGUCAAAAGCAGAGGUGUCGAAUGUGGUAGUGAACAGAGCAAAAUUGAGAGGAACGACGAAUGGGGUGAGAAUAAAGACUUGGCAGGGAGGCUCUGGAUAUGCAAGAUUCAUAGAGUUCAUGAAUAUAGAAAUGGAAAAUGUAAGCAACCCCAUCAUCAUUGAUCAAAACUACUGCGAUCAAGAAGAACCUUGCCAUGAACAGGAAUCAGCAGUAAAACUGAGCAACUUGUUGUACCAAAACAUAAGCGGAACGAGUGCUUCAGAAGUUGCCAUUAAAUUUGAUUGCAGCAAGACGGUUCCAUGCAACCACGUUUACGUUGAAAAUGUGAGAUUAGAAGCUGAAGGAGGAGGACAGACCACUGCUUCUUGCGACAAUGUUAUAUAUGUCAACCAAGGAAAUCUCUUCCCAAAGUGUUAAUGGAAGAUUCAUCAUAUAUAGUUCACCGGGUGAAAAACUCUUUCACUUCUAAAAACAAAAAAAUUUAGUGCAGAAGGUCGUUGAUUAAGCUAAAAUGGAGAAUUGGAGAUUCGGCAUUUAUGAGCUUUGCGUAUAUAGAGAUUGAAGAUGGAGGAAAUAUGAUCGUUAAUAUGGAGAAGACUAGCCGUUAUUUAUUCUGGUUUUUUACAUAAUCUUGUGAAUUCAUUAUUUUGGUUGCUUAGUUGUUUAUUUUUCAGGUGUAAUAAUUUUGAUUUUGUUAGCUCUUUGUUUUCAUUAGAUUAAAGUGGGUUAUGUGUAUUUGUAUGAAAGUCAGAAUAAAACACAAUGUUCGCGAUU